AGGGGGUUGGGGUGGGGGGGAGGACUGGCCUGGGAAGGUUUGGCUACUGAAUUCCAAGGCCCCAGUGCAGGCAAGAGGCAGCCCAAUUGGGUAUUAUCCUGAUGGUGGGAUCAGACCUCUCUCCCCUCAUUACAAAGUCUACCUUUCCAAGGCACUGAAUAGAUCUAAGUGUCUUCUGGAGACACCCCCCCCCACACACACACACACCCCAAUUCAACUGGUGUUGUGCAAAGCCCAGGGAUGGACAGUUACAAAGUGAGCUUUGCUCAUCAGCUGAAAAGUUUCUUCUCCCCUCCUGGUUUCCCUUCACCACUCCACCCCCACCCUUCCUGCCAAAAAAAAAAAAAAAAAUCCAAACAAACAAACAAAAAAAACCCCAAAGAACAAACAAACAAAAAAACUUGCUUAUUUGUUUAAGAAGGGAAAGGUGGUGAGUAGGGGGGUGCCCAAAGGGGGCCUUGGGAAGGGGGUUGGGGGGCAGGUGCUUUCCACAGCUCAAAUAGGAGAAAAAUCUCAGGAAAGUCACCGUUUGCACCGAAAAGAGGAAAAAAAAAAAAAAACCUCCCCAUAAUCGUUCUCAUUUCAGCUCGUCACCCCCACCAUGCCGCAGUCAGGCGGUGGGGGCCAUCGAAGCUGCAGUUUUAUAGCUGUAGAGGAAAGAACUCGUAAAAUGCUAACAGCUUUUAUGCGCUGCGGCAUAAACAACAACAGACUCCGGCUUUAUUGCGUUUUAUAGUUUGUUAAAGAGUUUACAGCCGUUUUUUGGGGGGGGCCGGUUACCCAGCCAAUUCCCUCCACACGAUAGUUAAACCUUUAUCAAUAAUAAGGAAAUUGAUCAUUAAAGCUUUAAAUAUGACUACCUCGUUGGUUUGAAAAUAUGUUUAGGAGAGGAAGCUGUAUGAUUUGAUAACUUGUAUUAAAAUACCAAUUACAUUUAUAGGACCUUUUAAAACUCGGUGCAAUUAAACCGUGUUCUUUUACAUUUUUCCGAAGCGACCCUGACAUUUAAAAAGACUCCAACUGCCUCGUUAAAAUCGUGAAAUUAACAGCGGUGCCCAUGCCUGGUGUGGUGGUGGUGGUGGUGGUGUGUAUGUGUGUGUGCAUGUAUGUAGACUUUUUUUUUUUUGCCAAGACUCCCCCACAUCAGUCUUUGGGGGUGGUCUGCGAAGGUAUUUGAUUUGUUGUGAGGCAAGAGAUAUCUCAUUAAUGUAGGUAGUUAAACAGAUUUAAUCCGUAUUCAUUCUCUCACCCCCCUCCCCUCUCCACCCUCCCACCCCUCUCUCUCCCUGGGUGUUUUUUUUUUCUCCCCCUCCUUUUUUCCCCCCUCGCUCUCUCCUCACUCCUGGCGCUCUCCUGCUCUAGCUCUCUCUCUCGCUCGCUCGCUCUUGCUCACUCUCACCCUCGCUCUGCGUUCUGUCCGGGAGGAGUACGGAGAAGCCAAUAGGAUGCGGGGUCUCUAAUGGAUGCAAAUGAUCAUGAAAAGACAGUGCAAAAUAUGAAACAACUCAUUUGCAGGGAAGUAAAUCACCGAAAACUGUUUAUGAACUGGCAUCCCUUCUUCGAAAUGUAAAGCGAGGACCUCUUUAAGUGGCGGUAUAUUUUUGUUUGGGGGGUGGGGGUGGGGGGAGGGCGAGCGAGCCGCUGCUGCCAUGCCCGCGUAGACUGGGGCGCUUUCGCUGGCCUUUUUCUAUUCCUGGAAAUCACAAAAAGUCUGGUGGCUUCGAGAUCUUCUUUGCCUUUUUCUUUUCUUUUCUCUCUUUCUUUUUUUUCUCCUCCCUUUCCCUCUCCUUUCCUGGUGAGGGUGGCUAGGAGCUGGCGAAUCCGCGUUUUUUUUUCUCUCUCUCUCUCUCCCUCCCUUUCCCCCUCCCCACCCCCUCCCCAACAGCCCCCAACUACAGCCGCCGCCGCCGCCGCCUCAAAAUUCAAUAAAAUGAGCUCUUAUUUCGUCAACUCACUGUUCUCCAAAUACAAAACUGGGGAGUCCCUGCGCCCCAAUUAUUAUGACUGCGGCUUCGCCCAGGACCUGGGCGGCCGACCCACCGUGGUGUACGGUCCCAGCAGUGGCGGCAGCUUCCAGCACCCGUCGCAAAUCCAGGAGUUCUACCACGGGCCGUCGUCGCUGUCCACGGCGCCCUACCAGCAGAACCCGUGCGCGGUGGCCUGCCACGGGGACCCGGGCAACUUCUACGGCUACGACCCGCUGCAGCGCCAGAGCCUGUUCGGUGCGCAGGACCCAGAUCUGGUGCAGUACGCAGACUGCAAGCUUGCCGCCGCCAGCGGCCUGGGCGAGGAGGCCGAAGGCUCGGAGCAGAGCCCUUCGCCCACACAGCUCUUCCCAUGGAUGCGCCCCCAAGCCGCCGGACGCAGGCGAGGCCGACAAACCUACAGCCGCUACCAGACCCUGGAGCUGGAGAAAGAGUUCCUAUUUAAUCCCUAUCUGACUCGCAAGCGGCGGAUCGAGGUAUCGCAUGCGCUGGGACUGACAGAGAGACAGGUCAAAAUCUGGUUCCAGAACCGGAGGAUGAAGUGGAAAAAAGAGAACAACAAAGACAAAUUCCCCAGCAGCAAAUGCGAACAGGAGGAGCUGGAGAAGCAGAAGCUCGAGCGGGCCCCGGAGGCGGCCGAUGAGGGCGAAGCGCAAAAAGGCGACAAGAAGUAGGCUGGAGCUGGGACUGCCCGGGCCGGGGCCGCCCUCAGCCCACCGCCCCCACCCCUCCUACCGCGUCGCCGCCGCCUCCCGCCCGCCAACCCGCCAGCCCGAGAGAGCUCCGGCCCCCCAGCGGGGCUGGGAGCUCGGCCUCCCACCGCAGCGGCCCCGCCGCGCCAGUUCCCGCUAGUGGUAGUAUCUCGUAAUAGCUUCUGUGUGUGAGCUACCGUGGAUCUCCUUUCCUUCUCUUGGGGGCCCGGGGCGGGGGGAAAGAAAAGGAUUAUAAGCAAGGACUUCCUCGCCCCGGCGAGGCUGAGCGGUCGUGGCCCGGCUGAGCCCCCCCCCCCCCCUUCGCCCUGUGUAAAAAAGCCUCCUUGUGCAAUGGUCUUUUUUUUUCUUUCUUUCUUUCCUUUGAACGUGCUUCUUUGUAAUGACCGAGGUACUGAUUUCUGCUAAGUUCUCCCAACAACAUGAAACUGCCUAUUCACGCCGUAAUUCUGUCUCCCCACCCUUCUUCUCUCUCUCUCUCUCUAUCUCUCUCUCUCCCUCUCCCUCUCCCUCUCCCUCUCCCUCUCUCUCUCUUUCUUUCUCUCCCUCCCUCCCGGCCCCUCAUCCCCCCCUCCCCUCCGCGGCCCGCUGGCUUUCUCUCUGGCUUCUCUCUUUCCCUCCUGCCCCCACCCCCUUUGGUUUGACAAUUUCGUCUUAAGUGUUUCUCUAAAGAGGUUACUUUAGUUAGCAUGCGCGCUGUGGGCAAUUGUUAAAAGUGUUCUUAGGUUUUACUGUGAAGAGAAUGUAUCCUGUAUCCGUGAAUUGCUUUAUUGGGGGGAGGGAGGGCUAAUUAUAUAUUUUGUUGUUCCUCUAUACUUUGUUCUGUUGUCUGCGCCUGAAAAGGGCGGAAGAGUUACAAUAAAGUUUACAAGCGAGAACCCGA